GCGACAGACUCGCGUAUCACUGUACGAUCGGUCGGCAGGGCAGCGAAAUCCGUUCGACGCUGCAGCAGGCGUCAAGUCCUCGCCGGUCGUAAACCAUACUACACGACAACAAUAAUAUAAUAUAAAUUGUUUUGUAGACGCGUGUGUGUUCGAAACUAAAUCAUAAUAAUAUAAUCCGUCGCCGUUUCGCCGCCGUCCGCGCCCGGGAGAUCGUAUGUAUUGUUAUAAUAACAUAAUACAAUUAUUGUUAUAAUAAUAAUAUAUAAACCCUCUCGUGGCUUGACCGAAGACCGUGGUGCGAAAAAAUCAAUUAGGCGGACGGCGGCCGACCUCUCGUGCAGCAUCACGAGCUCCAUUACAAGUGACACCCACACGCGACAUCGUCUGCUUCCGUUUCCGAUUUACAUCGAUCGCCGUUGUCUCGUACACGCCACUCGUAUUGCCGCUGCUCCAGGAGGUGCUGGCUCAGCUGGUCGUCUUCUUCGUUGUCAGGUAGAGGUGCCGUCGGGCCAGAUUCAGCCAAGAUGACCUCCUGGGAUUCAUAUCUAGCAGUAGCAACGUUUCUGUCAUCGCCUGAAGAAUUUAUGGGAUGGUUCGUCGGAUUCGUUUCCCUCUUCAGUACAAACCUCUUAAGACCAUUGAGGCUAGCGUUAACAUCAUCUAACAAAAAUGCAACCAAAAACAGCAUGCUGUCGGUCAACGGGCCGAAGGGCACCAGACGAGAGGGCAAGAAGUUCAGACAAUACGCCGCCGCGCUGUCCACCACGAUCGGACCGUUCGCCGUGGGUACGGUGCUGGCGUGGACGUCGCCGGUGCUGCCCAUGUUGCAGUCCGAGAACUCGAGGAUUCCGAUCACAGCCGACGAGGGGUCGUGGGUGGGUUCUCUGAUCGCCAUCGGUGCCAUCAUCGGGUCCAUCCCGGCCGGCAAGGGUGCGGACAUAUUCGGCCGGAAGCCCACCAUCGCCGCCCUGGCGGUGCCGUUCAUCAUCAGCUGGGCAAUGAUAUACUUCGCGACCACCGUGUGGGAACUGUACGUGGCCCGUCUGAUCGCCGGCGCCGUCAUCGGCGGAGUCACCGCCACCGUUCCGAUGUACAUCGGCGAGAUAGCCGAGAGCUCUAUCAGAGGUGAACUCGGUUCUUACAUCCAGGUGAAGGUGACGCUGGGCAUAUUGUAUGUAUACGCCAUCGGGCCGUUCGUGUCUUACGAGGGGUUGGCCGUCCUGUGCGGAAUCAUACCGGUGAUCAUGUUCGUCCUGGUCCUAUUGGUGGCACCCGAGACGCCCACGUACCUGUUGCGAUCCGGCAGGAGGAAGGAGGCGGAACAUUCGCUGGUGCUGUUGCGAGGGCACGAGUACGACAUCGCCGGCGAGCUAGAGGAGCUGCAGCAGCAGCUCGAGGAGGAGCAGAAGCGAAGCAGUAAGUUCAAGGAUCUAAUAUCCUCCAGGGCCACAGUCCGCGCGUCAAUCGCCGUCAUGGGACUGCUCAGUUUCCUGUCGUUUUCGGGCAUCAACGUGCUCAUAUUCUACGCCGAGUCCAUAUUCAAGAGCAGCAGCAGCAGCAUAUCUCCGCAAGUCAGCUCCAUCAUCAUCGGCGUCCUCCAAGUCAAGUUCACGUUCGCGUCUGCGCUGCUGGUGGACAAGGCCGGCCGGCGAGUGCUGUUGCUGAUCUCCGACUCGGUGAUGGCCGUGUGCCUGGGUUGCCUGGGCUACUUCUUCUGGCUUCAGGAGCACGAGGUUGACGUGUCGGCAUUCAGUCUGAUACCGUUGAUCAGCCUGGGAGUGUACAUCAGUACGUUCUCGCUGGGCUUCGGGCCCAUCCCCGGGGUCAUGAUGGGCGAGCUGUUCAGCCCGGACGUCAAGGGCCUGGCACUGGGCAUCGUGUGCGUAAUCGCGUCCCUGCUCGAGUUCGUCGUCGUCAAGAUGUACCAGAACCUGCUGGACUGGUUCGACCACGGCAUCACGUUCUGGAUAUUCGCCGGGUUCUGCGUGCUGGGAACCGUAUUCGUGUGGUUCCUGGUGCCGGAGACCAAGAACAAGACGCUGCAGGAGAUCCAGACCGAGCUCAGCGGCAAGAAGAAGCCGAACAACCGGAAGGACAACCUGAAGGGCAACCGGAAGCAACACAUGAUGGAUUCGCUGACCGGCGACCAGACGCACGCCGCGAUCGUCUGAACACAAAUCAAAAAUAUAAAAUGCACAACACCAUUGCGCAUGCGCACACACAUACACGCAGUAUAAUUUCAUUAUACGACAUAUGGGUGAUAUAAAUAAUAGCUCUAUACAUAUUAUGAUGUUAUGUACUAUUAAAUUGUGUAGGACGUGUGGGUGUGUGUGUGCGUGCGCUGGUUGCGAUCGAGUUUGAUGAACUGGGCGGGCGGGGUUUUGAGGAAAACGAUAUUUUUUACAAUUUUUUAACCCCACGCAUUUUUUUUAUUUUUAUCAAAAAAACUGUUUUAUUAUCAAAUACACUGAAAAAACCGUUUUCUUGUUUUAAAAAUGCAUUUUUGUCUUAUUAAUUAUUUUUUUUUUUGUUUUCAAAUCAAGUGACUCGUUUUACCGAUAUAUUCUUCACAUAUUGAAGAUGUUAUAUACACUGUUAUAUAUGUUUUCGGAUAUUUACAUAUAUACAUAGGUACCUAGUUAUGUAUUUGAUUUUUUUUUUAUUUAUCGUAACAUUUACACCGUUUGUUGACAUAACAUUAUAAUAAUAUAUUGCAUUCCAUUUUAUUGUCGACCUCCCAAAAGGACGCAGGUACUGCAUUAAAUAAAUAUAUAUAUAUAUAUAUAUAUAUAUAUAUAUUUAUACUACAUACUCACUCGAACGGGGAUUUGGGAGUUUUAUUUUUCGACACUUUUAUGGCGUAAAUCAAAUAUUUUAUUUAUUUUCAAACGUUGUUUUUUUUUAUUCCAAUAAAUUGUUUUCUCCUGAACCGAACACGAUUUGUUUAUAAUUGGCGGUGCUUGGCCUUAAGCCACGUAGUUUAGUUAAAAUAGACCGUCGUCGUAUGCAUUUGGUAGGUCACUCCAAGCAACACAAUACGUCUCCAGUUCCGUUUAUAUAUAUUGUAAUAAAAAGAUUUCGCUCAAGUUUUUGUGUCCGGUCAGUGGUUGUAGCAUAGAAUCUCACGCGACGUUACAAUAUCAACGAUUGAAAUUGAAAGUAUAUGCCCCCGGGGAUUUCUAGGAUUUUUUUCUCCUUUCAUCAGUCGAACGAUUUAAAAUCAAUUUUUUUUUAACGCAGACAAUAAAAUAGAUGAGUUCAAUAUAUUACGUUUUGAUAUACGCCCUAUUUUUCGAACUACCCCGCACAAUAUAUACCGUCCUCUCUCGUUUCAGAGUACAAAAUACCUUCGAACAUAUUGUGCUUCGUUAUUUUAAUAAAAUAUUUAUACUAAACGAUAAGUGGAUUUGUGAUUAAUACAUAAUAUAUAUGUGUAUAUAUAUAUAUAUAUUAAAACUGGCUAAUUGCAGGUAGUUUUAGUGUCUAAAAAAAAGUCUAAACGCAG